GGGCGGGGGCUGACUUUGUGAUGCUGGGGGGAAUGCUGGCUGGACACACUCAGUGCGGGGGUGAAAUCAUCGAGAAAAAUGGGAAGAAAUUUAAACUGUUUUACGGGAUGAGCUCAGAGACAGCGAUGAGGAAACACACAGGAGGGGUGUCUGACUACAGGGCCUCGGAGGGGAAGACGGUGGAGGUGGAGUACAAAGGGGACCUGGAGGGGACGGUGCGUGAUAUUCUGGGGGGCGUCAGGUCCACCUGUACCUAUGUGGGGGCCGCAAAGCUCAAGGAACUCAGUCGCAGAACAACCUUCAUUCGUGUCAGUCAGCAGCUCAACACUGUCUUCACCUGAACCCUGUCCCCCUCUCGCUCCUUCUCUCCCUCUCUCGCUCUCUCUCUCUUUCUGUGUCUCUCGCUGCCCGGCUUACAGAGCCUUUCGCUCACCCCCCCUUCCGCCCCGAAACAUCUUACACACACACACACACACACAAAGUCCCACACACUCUGACGCACUCACACACACUGCCUUGGGAGAGAGAAAGAGACACACACACGGUCUCGCGCACACAGAGAGAGAGAGACAGAUAGAGAGAGACGCACAGAGUG